UACAUGGUAGUGUAUCAUUACCUAUGGUAUUCUUAUGAGAAAGUCCAAGAAACGUGCCCUGAAUUUGUUAUCACUGUUCUGUUCAUUUUUAAUGCUGAUAUUUUCCCCACAGGAAGUUAUUCAAGAACUAAAAUUCUACUCUUUCCAGCCUCAAGGAAUAGGUUCGCCUAGUGUCUACCACGCUGUGAUAGUGAUAUUUUUGGAGUUCUUUGCUUGGGGACUCUUAACAGCACCCACUCUGGUGGUUCUGCAUGAAACCUUCCCAAAACAUACAUUUCUAAUGAAUGGUUUAAUUCAAGGAGUAAAGGGCUUGCUAUCGUUCCUCAGUGCCCCGCUCAUAGGUGCCCUGUCUGAUGUGUGGGGUCGGAAGUCCUUCCUGCUGCUAACAGUAUUUUUCACCUGUGCGCCAAUACCACUAAUGAAGAUCAGCCCAUGGUGGUACUUCGCUGUUAUAUCUGUCUCUGGAGUUUUUGCAGUGACAUUUUCAGUGGUUUUUGCAUAUGUAGCAGACAUAACGCAAGAACAUGAAAGAAGUAUGGCCUAUGGUUUGGUUUCAGCAACUUUUGCAGCAAGUUUAGUUACUAGCCCUGCUAUCGGUGCCUACCUUGGUCGAGUCUACGGAGACAGCUUGGUUGUGGUCCUAGCUACAGCAAUCGCCUUGUUAGACAUUUGUUUUAUUCUUGUUGCUGUACCAGAAUCGCUGCCAGAGAAGAUGAGGCCAGCAUCCUGGGGAGCACCCAUUUCGUGGGAACAGGCUGACCCUUUUGCGUCCCUGAAGAAAGUUGGCCAGGACUCGGUUGUGCUGCUAAUCUGCAUAACAGUCUUUCUUUCCUACCUCCCGGAGGCAGGUCAAUAUUCUAGCUUCUUCCUAUACCUCAGACAGAUAAUGGGAUUUUCAUCUGAAAGUGUAGCAGCAUUUAUAGCAGUCCUUGGGAUUCUUUCCAUUAUUGCACAGACAAUAGUUUUGAGUUUACUUAUGCGGUCCAUUGGAAAUAAAAACACCAUCCUACUGGGGCUAGGAUUUCAAAUACUACAACUUGCGUGGUAUGGCUUUGGAUCAGAACCGUGGAUGAUGUGGGCAGCUGGAGCUGUCGCAGCCAUGUCCAGUAUUACUUUCCCAGCUGUAAGUGCACUGGUUUCACGAACUGCUGAUGCUGACCAACAAGGUGUGGUUCAAGGGAUGAUAACAGGAAUUCGAGGCUUGUGUAAUGGUUUGGGACCAGCACUUUAUGGUUUUAUAUUCUAUAUAUUUCACGUUGAACUGAAUGAACUCCCCAUGCCUGAAUCACCACCAGGAAGCAGUGUUGUCACUCAAUACCAUUUACAACAGAAUUCUAUAAUUCCUGGACCCCCGUUCUUAUUUGGAGCAUGUUCUGUGCUGUUGGCACUACUUGUUGCCUUGUUUAUUCCUGAACACACCAACUUAAGUGUACGAUCCAGCAACUGGAAGAAACACUGCGGCAGCCACAGCCAUCCCCACAGUCCACAAGCUCCUGGUGAAGCUAAAGAACCAUUAUUGCAAGAUACAAAUGUAUGACAAAAAAAAUCCAGGAAGACUUUUUAGCUUAUUUUUCCAUCUGUAGUUUGGGAUACACAUUCCACUCCCAUCAAAAACAACUUCUUAAGGUAAUCUUAAGAAAUAUCUUUUUGCAUGACAUUCAUAGGAAUUUAAAAACGAAAACAACAAAAACUGGAAGUUUCUCCAAAGAUGUUGCCAUUAAAUUAAUAAUAUACUUUAAAAAA